GUAUUCUUGCUUCAUUUUUUUCGAUUUUCAUGGUUUCUGAAAUCAAGUUUUGAAAUCGUUUUGAAGAUAAUGGAUCAUUCAACUUCAGAUUGUCAGUUGAACCAGGGCGAAGUGGAUUUUAAAUUUGAAUUGAACGAAGUUCCUGAGCCCCUCUGUGUUGUUGAUGACCAGUUUGUUCCCAAGGUUGGAAUGACUUUUACCACCCCUGAAGAUGCUGCAAAAUUUUACAAGGACUAUGCCAAGGCUGCAGAUUUUUCUACAAGAGUUCGGAACAUAAAUAAGAAGGAAAACGAGAUUAAGAAUCAAUUGAUUAUAUGUAGCAGAGAGGAAAAAUGGAAAUCUAAAAUAUCUUCGACCAAGAAGACAAAUCCCACAGCUGGUUUAAAUUGUCCUGCAAGAAUUUAUAUACAUACAUUGAAGGAUGUUGGUGCUUGGAUCAUUUCGAAGGUCGAGUUGCAUCAUUCACAUCCUUGUUUCCAACUCAAGCAGAGAUGCUCAAACGGCACAGGGAACUAAGCAUGUCCAUUCGUCGUACAAUAGAGAAUAAUGA